AUGGCAAGCUCACUCCUCGAGUCUCUGUUAUCCAAAUGCACCGCGCUCUCCCACCUCAACCAAAUCCAAUCCCUUCUCAUCACCACCGGCCAAUUCAAGUUCCUCAACAUCUGCCCACCGCGAUCCAAGCUCCUCGAGCUCUACUCAUUAACCUUCAACCAUCUCAACUUCGCCAUCCGCACUUUCUCCCAAAUCCCCAAUCCUUCCACCAAUGACUGGAAUGCCAUUCUCCGGGGUCUCAUCAUCGGGCCCUCACCUUCCGACGCCUUCCUAUGGUACCGAUCCAUGCUCCGCGGUUCCUACAGAAUCGACGCCUUAACCUGCUCAUUCGUUCUCAAAGCUUGCGCUCGCGUUCUAGCUCUCUCCGACUCGCUCCAGCUCCACUCCCAUGUCGUGCGUAAAGGCUUCUCUGCCGAUGCUCUGUUGGGUACCACGUUGUUGGAUUUGUAUGCUAAAGCAGGGGACAUCGGGAGCGCACAGAAGGUGUUCGAUGAAAUGGCAAAGAGAGAUAUCGCGUCGUGGAACGCGUUAAUCUCUGGGUUGGCUCAGGGGGAGAAGCCGGAUGAGGCUUUGGGUUUGUUUAAAAGGAUUGAGAUUGAUGGGUUUAAGCCGAACGAGAUCACUGUCCUUGGCGGGCUCUCUGCCUGCUCACAGCUGGGCGCUUUUAAAGAAGGGGACAAGAUAUACGACUAUAUAAGAAGCGAGAGAUUGGAUGGGAACGUGCAGGUAUGUAACGCAGUGAUAGACAUGUAUGCUAAAUGUGGAUUUGUCGACAAGGCGUAUUCAGUUUUCCAGACAAUGAGUUGCGACAAGAGUCUUGUUACUUGGAACACCAUGAUAAUGGCUUUUGCCAUGCAUGGUGAUGGAGAUAAGGCUCUUCAGCUUUUCCACCAAAUGGGUCCCUCUGUCCGGAUGGAACCCGAUGAAGUUUCGUACCUUGCAGCUAUCUGUGCUUGUAACCAUGCCGGGUUAGUGGAUGAAGGCUACAAAUUAUUCACUUCUAUGCAGAGCUUGGGGCUAACACCUAACGUGAAACACUAUGGCAGUGUGGUUGAUUUGUUAGGGCGAGCUGGGCGCCUCCAGCAGGCUUACUAUGUCAUCGACUCCAUGCCGAUGCUGCCUGACAUGGUUCUCUGGCAGACUUUACUCGGCGCUUGCAAAACUUACAAGAACGUGGACAUGGCUGAAAUGGUGACUAGGAAACUGGUGGAGAUGGGCUCUACUAGCGACGGCAAUUUCGUCCUGCUGUCAAACAUUUACGCUGCACAUGAGAGAUGGGCUGAUGUGGGGAGGAUUAGGGACGUGAUGAAGAGCAAGGAUGUGAGAAAAACUCCUGGAUUUAGCUACAUUGAAGAGAAGGGUGUAAUUCACAAGUUUUAUAAUGCCGAUAAGGCGCAUAAGCACUGUAAGCAGAUCUAUGGCAAGUUGGAAGAAAUCAGGUUCAAGAUGAAGGAGUUUGGAUAUGCAGCUGAGACGAGCUUUGUGUUGCAUGAUAUAGGAGAUGAAGAGAAGGAGAAUGCGUUGUAUCAGCACAGUGAGAAGCUUGCUGUAGCAUUUGGGUUGAUAUGUGCAGAGGAUGAAGCGAGACCAAUUCAAGUGAUCAAGAAUCUGAGGAUUUGUGGGGAUUGUCACGUUGUGAUUAAACUCAUAUCGAAGAUGUACAAUAGGGAGAUUAUUGUUAGGGAUAGGGUUAGGUUUCAUCGGUUUAAAGAUGGUACUUGUUCAUGUAGGGAUUACUGGUGA